AUGCUGCGCCCUUCCGCUCGUCUGCUCAAGGCAGCAUCAGCAUCAGCAGCAGGAGCAGCAGGAGCAGGAGCAGGAGCAGCGACGGCUGUCCAACGGGGAGUCGUGACUGCGCCAGCAUCAGCGGCUACCAGCGCGCACCGCAUCGUCCUCCUAGUGCGGGACGAUCUGAAGAUGGACCGCGGGAAGAUCGCGGUGCAAUGCUCACACGCUGCUCUUCUCCUCUACACACUUCCCUCCUCUUCUACUGCUUCUCUGACUAGUCCCCUCUCUCGAGACGUCGCGCGCUGGCGCUCCGCCUGGCAAGCUGAAGGACACCCUGCUCUUCCCCUCCGGAUACCGGACUUGCAUAGCAUGCAUGCGCUUGCGCUCGAGGCGCAGCAGAGGGGUGUACCGACGGCGAUUGUCAGGGAUGCGGGGAGGACGCAGGUGCAGAGGGGGAGCGAGACUGUGCUGGGGAUUGGACCGGCGGAGGGGAGGGUGAUGGACGAGAUUUGUGGUCACCUGGAUCCGCUCUGA